UUGCACGGAAUGUCCUUGCAGUUUUGGUGCUCGUCCGCGGACGUGCGAGAUAAGCGGUAGAUUCCCUGCCGUCUGAUUACCGCGUUGGGCCACUUCGCAUCAUGUUGAACGCUCCUCUUGAGUCAACAUGUUGCUGAUGCUGAGCCAGGCAACGGUGCUCGUCACGAAGAAAAAUCUAAGAAUGCGCGUAGGCUUCGUCGAAUCUUGUAGGUGUAUUGCAUGAGGUGUGUGUGUGUGUGUGUGUGUGUGUGGAAGUGGGAUGGGUCGAACGCUCAGCCAGCCACAAGGAAGUCAGGCAGGGCGGGACAAGGUAAACUCGGGCGUACCGGCCAGGUAUGCGGAGUUCACAGGGAAACAAAAACGAUAGCCGUAUGGAUACGGAUACAGAGUGAGGCUUCUUUUUGUUCUUUCUCCGUCUCUCCAUUACUUCUGGAAGACACGAAGAAGGAAUGGAUCAUGGAUCAUCGGCGAUAUUGCGACAUGUGGGUAAUAAUCUGCGAUCAGGGCAAGAGCAUGCACAGGCCUACGAGCCUUGUUUGCCAUGAUUGCUAUGUGCUGAGAGGAGUGGACAAUAUGUGGAUUCCUUGCGUGACAGGCUGGACCCAGCUCGCACGAGGGAGAGGAUCGGCAGUGCGAGUCGCGAGCUUCUCAAGAACGACCCUUUUGGCCAGGGAGAUGGAUCUGUAUCUUCCUGCGGACACACGCCGGGUACUAAGGAUGAGAUCUCGUGUGAAGAGCUGGCCGGGAAACAACGGCGAUGAACACAAUGAACGGCUGAUUGAGCGGAGCGCACAGGGCAACUGCACAUGGAGAGUGUUUGAGUGUGUACUGGUGCCAUGGCGAUCUAUGGUUGCAGAAUUGAAGCGAAAACCGAAGUAGUUGUGGCGGACAGAACGCAGCGCAUGCAGCGUAAGUGAUGACGGCGACUUGAGAUGAGGGCGUCUACCUUGAAGGCAUAGGCAGGUACUUGAGAGGGGUA